UAUUCCCACUGCCGUCACCCAGCCAGAGGGUGUGGCUGUCCGCGGCCGGAGCUCAUAAGACGAACGGAGAAUGUCGUUUAAUAUCGUCGUGGAUAACAUUGACAUGUCGACGACGGGCGAAAAAUGCUUAUGUUAUCAUUAAUGAGCCCGUCUUGUCGACUUCACGCGAAUAAGCGGUGGCAAGCUCAGCGGCUAGUCGUUGUUAGCUCACCUUUUAGCACUUGGGCUAUCAUCAAAUGAGCAUACGAGGGCUGAGUAGAGCACACUUAGUAGACGAGUUCGUGACAAUAUUCACGUUAAGCGGAAGGACGCCUUACAAAGUCGUGAUAGCGCUUAGCUGCCGCAGUUAGCACGGAUGCUAACUCCUCGAUCUAAGUGUGCAUUUAGGCGCUCUCAAGCGUGACAAGUGUUGAAUAAAAGCAACUGCCACACUAUAUAGUGAAACAUAGCUAUACGUCCAUAUUCAAAUGUAGAGAGUCAAAAGCAGCAUAAACUACGGCUGAAGCAUGCUCUUGGCACAGCUCAACCGGGACUCCCAAGGAAUGACGGAGUUUCACGACGCAGACGGUCAGCCUGUCACGCUUUGCCUGACCGAAGCAGUGACUGUGGCAGAUGGCGAUCAGAUGGACACCAUGGACACGGUGAGCCUGCAGGCCGUCACGCUUGUGGAUGGCUCCACUGCCUACAUCCAGCGGGAGGCCAAGCCGGCCUUCUCCGACGGGCAAAUCAUGAACGGCCAGGUGAUCCAGUUGGAGGACGGAUCGGCCGCCUACGUCCGGCACGUGUCCAUGCCCAAAGCAGGAGGAGACAGUUUGCAGCUGGAAGACGGACAAGCAGUUCAGCUUGAAGAUGGAACAACAGCCUUUAUACACACACCAAAAGCAGAAACGUACGAGCAAGGCAGUCUGCAGGAGGUGCAGCUGGAAGACGGCAGCACGGCCUACAUCCAACAUACGGUGCAUAUGCCGCAGCCCAACACCAUCCUGGCCAUUCAGGCCGACGGCACCAUCGCUGACCUGCAGGCUGAGGCCACCGCCAUCGACCCCGACACCAUCAGCGUGCUGGAGCAAUACACCACCAAGGUGGAGAACAUCGAGAAUCCUUUGGUUCCCUACGGUAGAGUGGAGGCAGACAAUGGCGUGCACAUGCGGAUUGUGCUACAGGGUCAGGAGAACAGGAGGGUGGCCAACGUGGGCGAGAAGUCAUACCGCUGCGAGCACGAGGACUGCGGAAAGUUGUACACCACUGCACACCAUCUCAAGGUGCACGAACGCUCGCAUACUGGAGACAAGCCAUACAUGUGCGACUAUCCGGGAUGCGGGAAGAAGUUUGCAACAGGUUAUGGCCUGAAGAGUCACUCCCGCACGCACACUGGCGAGAAGCCCUAUCGUUGUCAGGAGCCCAACUGUUGCAAGUCUUUCAAAACUUCGGGAGAUCUUCAGAAGCACACCCGUACGCACACAGGAGAGAAGCCGUUCAAGUGUCCGGUGGAGGGCUGCGGCAGGUCCUUCACCACCUCCAACAUCCGCAAAGUACACAUCCGCACUCACACGGGCGAGCGGCCGUAUUACUGCUCCGAACCAAACUGCGGCCGCUCGUUCGCCAGCGCCACCAACUACAAGAACCACAUGAGGAUCCACACCGGGGAGAAGCCGUACGUGUGCACUGUGCCUGGAUGUGAGAAACGCUUCACAGAGUACUCGAGCCUCUACAAGCACCACGUGGUCCACACGCCGUGCAAGCCGUACAACUGCAACCACUGCGGAAAGACCUACAAGCAGAUCUCCACGCUGGCUAUGCAUAAACGCACUGCCCACAAUGACACGGAGCCCAUCGAGGAGGAGCAGGAGGCCUACUUUGAGCCGCCCACGGACGCCAUCGACGACCCCAGUGUGAUCUACCCGACGACUGCGGCGGUGUUGGAGGAAGACGACACGGGCUCCAAGCACAUUCCUGUGGAGAACGCCGACGUGGUUGCCCAGCAGCACGUCGCAGUGGUGACACAGCCAGACGGGACUCAACAGCAGGUGAGCAUCUCUGAAGCGGACUUACAAGCCAUGGGCGGCACCAUCACCAUGGUGACCCAAGAAGGCACCACCAUAACCAUCCCGGCCCACGAAUUGGCCACGCAGGGUGCUCAGGUGGCCAUCAUGACACCCGGCAUGACUUCCUUUGAAAGUGUAGAGGAGGCCACUUACAGCCAUGAGCAAGAAGAGAUUCACCCAGUCACCUUACUGGCCACCUCCAAUGGCACUCACAUUGCUGUGCAGCUAAGCGAUCAGCCGUCGUUGGAGGAAGCCAUCCGAAUAGCCUCGAGAAUUCAGCAAGGGGAAUCGCCCGGCCUGGACGAUUGAUAUCGGAUGGGAUUCAGUCCCAAGUCGGACAAAAAAAACAAAAAAGCAAACGCGAACUCGCAGGUCUUCCUUCAGAGUUGUCCUACCCUCCGCCGCUACAUGCAAAAGAACUUUGUUUUUAAGUGUACAUAGGAUUUUGAUAACUGGACUAUUUUGUCUCUCAACCAAACAGAUUAUGGGGUGUGGGUAUGCUUUCUAAUGAUCAUGCACAGUGCAGGGUACAUCUAAUGCUAUUUGUAAUUAAAAAAGAAAAAAAAUAAUAAAAUCA